GGUGAGGCCGGACUCUAUUUGGCUACUAGGCGUGCGGCGGCAGCGGCGGCGGCGGCGGCGUUCUCUACCCGGCAUGCUGCGCGGGAGCGACGGCCCUACGUCGAUCCCCUUCCCAACCCUGCCCCCCCGCCCCCCUCCCGCCGCCCCCCCCCUUCCCCUAAAGUGAGUGAGUGAGACGGGCAGAUGGAGGAGGGACUGUAAUGGCGGCGGCCGGCAGCUCCCUGCUCUGACCCACGGCAGGCAUACAGCAACGACCCCCUCCCCGCCCCUCUCCCAGCCGGCCUCCGCCCCGCCACCAGCGCGGGGCCACCCUCCCCGGCCCUUCCCCCAGCCGUCGGCGUCUCGCCCUGCGCCCCGGCCGGGGCCCCACACACAAUGGACGAGCUCGCCGGAGGCGGUGGUGGCGGCCCGGGGAUGGCGGCCCCUCCUCGGCAACAGCAGGGACCUGGGGGGAACGUGAGCCUCUCGCCCGGGGGGAAUGGAGCGGCGGGCGGCGGGGGCCCUCCGGCCGCCGAGGGAGCGGGGCCCGCGGCAGGCCCGGAGCUGUCCCGGCCGCAGCAGUACACUAUCCCAGGGAUCCUGCACUACAUCCAGCACGAGUGGGCUCGGUUCGAGAUGGAGCGGGCGCACUGGGAGGUGGAGCGGGCCGAACUGCAGGCCCGCAUAGCAUUUUUGCAAGGAGAAAGAAAAGGUCAAGAAAACUUGAAGAAGGAUUUAGUAAGAAGAAUAAAGAUGUUAGAGUAUGCAUUAAAACAAGAAAGGGCAAAAUAUCACAAAUUAAAAUAUGGCACAGAACUGAACCAAGGUGAUUUGAAAAUGCCAACCUUUGAAUCAGAAGAAACCAAAGACACAGAGGCUCCCACAGCACCUCAGAAUAGCCAGUUAACGUGGAAGCAAGGCAGACAGCUCUUACGACAAUAUCUUCAGGAAGUAGGUUACACAGAUACUAUAUUAGAUGUACGGUCUCAGCGGGUAAGGUCAUUGCUUGGACUAUCCAAUUCAGAACCAAACGGAUCAGUAGAAGCAAAGAAUUUGGAACAGAUCCUGAAUGGAGGUGAAUCUCCUAAGCAAAAAGGACAAGAAAUCAAAAGGCCCUCUGGUGAUGUUCUUGAGACAUUCAAUUUCUUAGAAAAUGCUGAUGACAGUGAUGAAGAAGAGGAAAAUGACAUGAUUGAAGGCAUCCCAGAAGGAAAGGACAAACAUCGGAUGAAUAAACACAAAAUAGGUAAUGAAGGUUUAGCUGCUGACCUAACUGAUGAUCCUGAUACUGAAGAAGCACUUAAAGAGUUUGAUUUUUUAGUCACUGCUGAAGAUGGUGAAGGAGCUGGAGAAGCACGGAGUUCAGGGGAUGGCACAGAAUGGGAUAAAGAUGACCUCUCCCCAACUACUGAGGUUUGGGAUGUAGACCAGGGACUAAUAAGUAAACUGAAGGAACAGUACAAGAAGGAACGAAAGGGGAAGAAAGGGGUGAAGAGGGUCAGCAGGACAAAACUCGACCACAUGGUAGCUGAUCUGGGAGAUGAUAUGCUGCCCCACAUCCCUUCAGGAAUCAUUAAUCAGUUUAGGUCAGCCUCUACUAGAAUGACUGAUCAUGAAGGUGCAAGAGCAGAGGAAGCUGAACCAAUAACGUUUCCAUCUGGAGGAGGCAAGUCAUUUAUUAUGGGUUCUGAUGAUGUUUUGUUAAGUGUACUGGGCCUUGGAGACCUUGCAGACUUGACGGUAACAAAUGAUGCAGACUAUAGUUAUGAUUUGCCUGCCAAUAAAGAUGCCUUUCGAAAGACAUGGAACCCCAAGUAUACACUACGUAGCCAUUUUGAUGGAGUACGGGCAUUAGCUUUCCAUCCUGUAGAACCUGUGCUGGUUACUGCCUCUGAGGACCAUACUCUGAAACUUUGGAACUUGCAAAAAACAGUUCCUGCCAAAAAGAGUGCCUCUUUGGAUGUAGAGCCUAUCUACACGUUUAGGGCCCACAUUGGUCCUGUUCUAUCAUUAGCUCUUAGUUCUAAUGGAGAACAAUGUUUUAGUGGUGGUAUUGAUGCAACCAUCCAGUGGUGGAAUAUGCCUAGCCCUAACGUGGAUCCAUAUGACACAUAUGAGCCAAAUGUUCUAGCUGGCACUUUAGUUGCUCAUACAGAUGCUGUCUGGGGUCUUGCUUAUAGUGGCAUAAAAAAUCAGUUACUGUCUUGUUCAGCAGAUGGCACUGUUAGGUUAUGGAAUCCGCAAGAAAAAUUGCCGUGUAUUUGCACUUACAAUGGAGACAAGGAGCAUGGAAUACCUACGUCGGUUGACUUUAUAGGCUGUGAUCCAGCUCAUAUGGUGACCUCUUUCAACACUGGUAGUACAGUAAUUUAUGAUUUAGAAACAUCACAGUCAUUGGUGAUGCUUUCAUCACAGAUAGAUUCUGGGUUGCAAUCCAAUAAUCACAUUAACAGAGUAGUAAGUCAUCCCACACUUCCUGUUACAAUAACUGCUCAUGAAGAUAGACACAUCAAAUUUUUUGACAAUAAAACGGGUAAAAUGAUCCAUUCUAUGGUAGCUCAUUUGGAUGCUGUUACAAGUCUAGCAGUAGAUCCUAAUGGAAUCUAUUUAAUGUCUGGAAGCCAUGAUUGUUCUAUUAGAUUGUGGAAUUUGGACAGCAAGACAUGUGUGCAAGAAAUAACAGCACAUAGGAAGAAAUUAGAUGAAUCAAUUUAUGAUGUAGCUUUCCAUCCAUCAAAAGCAUAUAUUGCCAGUGCAGGGGCUGAUGCCCUGGCCAAAGUGUUUGUGUGAAUCGACAGAAGCUCACAUUCUAACAACAGACUUGCGUGGACAGAAAGAGGGUCUGCAUCACUGCCAUCAAAAAGCUUACUGAUAUGACACUACAUGUGAUCUGCCUGGUGAAGGCUAUUGAGGACAGGCAUAAAUUGGUAGAAAUCACAUCUUAAUGUCAGGCUCAUUAAUUUAAUUGUAAUUACUGUAUUUUGUGGGACAAAAAAAAAGGACUCCAGUAUUUGUGGCCUGUACUGGAUAUGAACUGAGCGUAUGUCUGUUUUUUAGGUAUCUUUAAGCCAAUGUGGAGUCUGAUCUUACAAAAAGACUUUUAUUUUGGACUCUGUGUGCUGCCUUAGGGUUAGGAAUGUGGUGCUCUUGUUGGGGGGAAGUGAGCUCCAAGAGUAGCUUUUUUUCAUCUCUUAGUGAUCUUCUGUUUAUCAGUUGAAUGCCACAGAUUCCCUUUUAAACUUAUUUUGCUUUAAAAAAAAAAAAAGAAAAUUUAACUUAAAAUAUUUUAGCAUUAGUUGCACAAAAUGUUUGAAUAAAAUUCUAGUUUUUAUAAGUCUUUUUAUAUAUUUAGCCUGUCACAACAGUGCUCAAGAUUGUAUUGAAGUUUUUCUGCAUUAUACAACCCUAAAACACAGAGAUCUCACUGACCCGCUGCCGUGUAACCACACUCUUUCCUUCUUUUGCCUAAUACAGCUCAGCUAAGUCCUUCCAUAAGAUGCUAAAUCACCUUCAUCAUCACAUAAUUGUCUUCAUAAACUGAGGACUAUUAAGUGUAUUAAAAUGAAACAGUGGGGUUUAGUACUCCAAAUGAACUCUUAAAAAGAAAAAAAACUAAUCUUGGCAUCCUAUCACUAUGUGAUAUUUUGUACAUCUUACUGUAUUUACAAGUUUAUUUAUCAAGGAUUAUCCAUCUUGCUAAUAGCCUAUUAUUUAUUUCACUUUUUGUUGGUCUUUAUAUCCUUUUAUUAAUGUGCUAAAGGAACCUGUAUAUCUAUUUUGGAACACUUUGAAUAGUCUAAAAUAGACUAAAAAUGGAAUAUUUUAUAGUUUGAGUUACAAACCAAGGUGAUUCCCCCCAGAUACAUAUCUUGGUUUACCAUGAUUCCAAACAAAACUAUCUUGUUUAAAAAUAUUUGGAGUAAAAUUUUAUUUGCAUUACAAAUAGGAUACAAAAAUAGUUGAAUCAGGAUACAGAAAUCUGCUGUGUUUGGACUAGUUAUCCCUGUUUUAUUUUUUCAGAUGUGCUUAAUUUUAUGGUGUAACUAAAGAUUUUGUUUGUGUAAUGCAUGAUUAAGACAAUAAAGUAUUUUUUCUAGUCUUCCAAAAAACUUUUCUGAUCAGUUUGCGAGUUUUGAUGAGUUUUGUAAGGUUUUUGUUUUACAAACUAUGAAUCAGCAAAUUUUUAAGAUUGUACCACAUAGCAAACAUACAGCUGUUGAAAAAUAAUGUAUAUAAAAUGCAUAUAAUAAAUAUUAAAUUGUGUACCUGUAAGUUACUGUUGGCUACAUUAUUUUAUGUUGAAUAAUAAUGUGCAAUACUUUACUCUCCAUCAUUAAACUAGGAAAUGGAGAUGAUUUCUCAGUGAGUCCUUCAUUUUUAUGCUGUUCUUUUUAACUUUGUACUGCUUAUUGACAUUCUAAUAAGAUUAGAACAGUUAACACUAUUCAGAAUGCCUUUCUAAGUAUUUCACCCCAUUUGGAGAUAAGAAAAAUCUUCUAUUGAAAUAAAUUAGAUAAUUCAAAAUAACCAAAAAAUGCAGAGGUGCAGUUUUAAAUCAUUUCCUUAGACAUCUUAUUACUUUAUUAAAUCUGGAUUUUAGUUAAUCGUGUUGUUAUUCCUAUAGUCAUAAUGUUUCCACAAAAAUGUUCACCAGAGAAUAAACUGCAUUUUUCAUUAAAAGUUGUCCUUAUAAAUAAUAUAAGUAUUAACAUUUUCAAACUUUUUCCUUCAACAAGGUAAUAUCCUUUUUCUUUGAAGGAAAUUGCAGAUGAAAUUAGAAGGUAACAUUAGAAAACUUGAGUGGCAAAGUUUUAUUUCAAUGCCUACUGCAAAAAAAAAUUACAUUGAGAAAUUUUAUCUACCAUAAAAAUCUAAGUGGCAGUUUUAGUUAUUGCUGGUGAAAUAGUAACUUUUCAGAAAUUUUCCUAAAAUACUAGUUUUUCUGGUUUUCUGAAGAUUCAACUUAAACGGGCACUUUUCUCCUCCUCCUCCUCUUUUUUUUUUUUGAAAUAAUUUAAGAACAAGCUUUUUCCAAAGCUAGUAUUGUUUCUGGCAGCUAUUCCAAACCAAUGGGUUACUGUUUAACUGAAAUGUGAUUAUCAUCAUUACAAUGCAUAACCUCUUUUGGAAUGUAUUAAAACUGAAAUGAAUAAAAA